GUUGAGCAUUGCAGCCUCUCUGCUUGUUGCAAAGUGUGAGAUCGAGUUGGUGGAUUGCAUGUUGGCGCAUUCUGGUGGUCGGUGAAGGAGAGAGUCUGAGAGAGAUGGAAGGUGGAACGGUUUGUCGUGUGGUGGAGAAGUACUGCUGUGUGUAUGUGUGCCUGCUGAUGUCUGCUGCACUGGUGUGCGCAGUGGCGGACUCAAGAUCAACACUCCAGUUGCAGCUUAUCACCUACAGCACCUCACUGCAUCAGCUGUCCAACGGUUCUUGCUGCAAUGCUUCAGAAAUCAGUCCCAACUGCGAGACCUCAUGCACAACCUACUUGUCGAUUUGCCAUCGAACGUUUAACUCCUCGUUUGUCAACGUCUCUUCGUGUCUGUCCGUCAUACGCACACGCACAUUCACAAUCACAGCCGUGGGAAAUGAGACAGUGAGACGACAUGAGUUUACAAUGGCAAACAAUGAGAAGGAAGUUAGGAAUCCCGUCGACAUUGCGACAGCGGGAGAAUGGCCGGGAACAUUCGGUUUGACCAUCGAAGUAUACACCACCUCUACACAACUCAUCACAGAGCUCAACAGUCACGAUGAAGCAUUCGCUCCCAUCUCCAACUCAUACAGCAACUUGACUCUCAGUGACUUACACGGUCGACAACUGGACAUAAGAUGGAAGGUCGCGUGUGCUGUAGACUAUUAUGGUGAUGAUUGUUCGGUUUAUUGUUCGCCAAGAAAUGACAGUGAAGGUCACUAUAUGUGCAACGGUAAUGGGACUGUGGAGUGCCUUGAUGGAUGGGCAAUGCCAGACACAAAUUGCACUAUUCAGUUGGCAGAUAUAAACGAGUGUGACUCUCUUCCGUGUCAGCAUGGCGCCGACUGCACUGAUCUCCUGGACGGCUAUUCCUGCUAUUGCCUCAAAGGCUACUCUGGCGUCGACUGUGAGACUGAUGUAGACGAGUGUGCAUCUCAACCCUGCACCAAUAACGGCACGUGUACUCACGUCAUUGAUAUCUACAACUGCCAUUGUCCCUCGGGAUUUACGGGCGCUAAUUGCGAAUUUGAUAUCAACGUGUGCAAUUCUAGUCUAUGCUCGGUGUACGGCGCAUGCGUCUACUUGCCGAAUGGAUAUCGAUGCGACUGCGAUCCCGGAUGGGCAGGAGUUUAUUGCAACGAGACGGACUAUUGUGGUCCCAGUCCAUGCGCAAAUGGAUCAACAUGCAUCAAUCAGAUCAACGGGUUUAUGUGCGUUUGUAGUCCUGGAUAUACGGGUGCUAAAUGCACCGUUGAUAUCAAUGAGUGUUUCUCAUUUCCAUGCCAGAAUGGAGCGAAAUGUAUCGACGGUAUCAACUCGUAUUCGUGUGAUUGUAUUCACGGAUUUACAGGACCCAGUUGUGGAGUUAAUAUCAACGAGUGUUUCUCAUUUCCAUGUCAGAAUGGAGCGAAAUGUAUCGACGGUAUCGACUCGUAUUCAUGCGAUUGUAUUCACGGGUUUACAGGAUCCAGUUGUGGGACUGAUAUCAAUGAGUGCCACGCCCACUUAUGUUCUAUCAACGGCUCGUGUGUCGACGAAGUGGGGAGAUACAGAUGCGAAUGCGAUCGCGGAUACAGAGGGGCGUACUGCAACGAGACGGACAAAUGCCAUCCGAAUCCGUGCACAAACGGUGGACAGUGUGUCGACGAGGUCGACGCCUACUUCUGUCUCUGUCCCCCGGGAUUCGAGGACUUUAACUGUUCGACGAAUGUAGACGAUUGUGUGGACAAUCUGUGUUUGAAUUCAAGUGUCUGUCGUGAUGGCAUUCGUGAGUACACGUGCGUAUGCUCGUUGGGAACGACGGGUCGUUUCUGUAACGAAACGGCCGAGUGUGUGAUUGAUCCAUGUGUGAGUAACGGGACGUGCGUCGUCAUGGGAAAUUUGUCAGUUUGUCUGUGUCCGAAUGGAUUUACAGGAGUCACAUGUUCAGUUGAUAUUAAUGAUUGUUUGCAACACGAAUGUUCAAACGGCAGCACGUGUGUUGAUGGUAUUGCUUCCUAUGAUUGUCUGUGUCGGGAAGGAUUUACAGGAGUCACGUGUUCUAUUGAUAUCAACGAUUGUUUGCAACACGAAUGUUCAAACGGCAGCACGUGUGUUGAUGGUAUUGCUUCAUAUGAUUGUCUGUGUAAGGAAGGAUUUACAGGAGUCACAUGUUCUAUUGAUAUCAAUGAUUGUUUGCAACAUGAAUGUUCAAACGGCAGCACAUGUGUUGAUGGGAUUGCUUCGUAUGAUUGUCUGUGUCGGGAAGGAUUUACAGGAGUCACGUGUUCUAUUGAUAUCAAUGAUUGUUUGCAACAUGAAUGUUCAAAUGGCAGCACGUGUGUUGAUGGGAUUGCUUCGUACGAUUGUCUGUGUCGGGAAGGAUUUACAGGAGUCACGUGUUCUAUUGAUAUCAAUGAUUGUUUGCAACAUGAAUGUUCAAAUGGCAGCACGUGUGUUGAUGGGAUUGCUUCGUAUGAUUGUCUGUGUCAGGAAGGAUUUACAGGAGUCACGUGUUCUAUUGAUAUCAAUGAUUGUUUGCAACAUGAAUGUUCAAAUGGCAGCACAUGUGUUGAUGGGAUUGCUUCGUAUGAUUGUCUGUGUCGGGAAGGAUUUACAGGAGUCACGUGUUCUAUUGAUAUCAAUGAUUGUUUGCAACAUGAAUGUUCAAAUGGCAGCACGUGUGUUGAUGGGAUUGCUUCGUAUGAUUGUCUGUGUCGGGAAGGAUUUACAGGAGUCACGUGUUCUAUUGAUAUCAAUGAUUGUUUGCAACAUGAAUGUUCAAAUGGCAGCACAUGUGUUGAUGGGAUUGCUUCAUAUGAUUGUCUGUGCCGGGAAGGAUUUACAGGAGUCACGUGUUCUAUUGAUAUCAAUGAUUGUUUGCAACAUGAAUGUUCAAACGGCAGCACGUGUGUUGAUGGGAUUGCUUCGUAUGAUUGUCUCUGUCGGGAAGGAUUUAUGGGAGUCACGUGUUCUAUUGAUAUCAAUGAUUGUGAUUCAAAUCCGUGUGUCAAUGGUUCUUGCAUUGAUGGUGUCAAUGGAUUUAAUUGCAUAUGUAACAAUGGGUUUACUGGUGAUAUAUGCAAUGUUGAUAUUAAUGAGUGUGCAUUAUCACCAUGCAUCAAUGGCUCUUGCAUUGAUGGUAUCAAUGGAUUCAACUGUAUGUGUGACGAUGGAUUUACUGGUGAUACUUGCAGUGUUGAUAUUAAUGAAUGUGCAUCAUCACCAUGUAUCAAUGGUUUGUGUCUCGAUGGUGUCGAUCAAUUUAGUUGCAUAUGUGAGGAUGGGUUUACUGGUGAUAUAUGCAAUGUUGAUAUUAAUGAGUGUAUUCCAUCACCAUGCAUUAAUGGUUCAUGCCUUGAUGGUAUCAAUCGCUUCAAUUGUAUGUGUGACAAUGGAUUUACUGGUGAUAUAUGCAAUGUUGAUAUUAAUGAGUGUGCAUUAUCACCAUGCAUCAAUGGCUCUUGCAUUGAUGGUAUCAAUGGAUUCAACUGUAUGUGUGACGAUGGAUUUACUGGUGAUACUUGCAGUGUUGAUAUUAACGAGUGUGUUUCAUCACCAUGUAUCAAUGGUUCUUGUCUCGAUGGCAUCAAUUAUUUCAAUUGCUCAUGUGACGAUGGGUUUACUGGUGAUAGGUGCGGUGUUGAUAUUAAUGAGUGUGCUUCAUCACCAUGCAUCAAUGGUUCAUGCCUCGACUGUAUCAAUGGAUUUAAUUGUGUGUGUGACGAUGGAUUUACUGAUGAUACAUGCAGUGUUGAUAUUAACGAGUGUGUGUCAUCACCAUGCACUAAUGGUUUAUGUGUUGAUGAUAUCAAUGGGUUCAACUGUAUGUGUGAUGAUGGGUUUACUGGUGAUACAUGCAGUAUUGAUAUCAAUGAGUGUGCAUCAUUACCAUGCAUCAAUGGAUCAUGCAUUGACAACAUCGAUUACUUCAACUGUAUAUGUGACGAGGGACUUACUGGUGACACGUGUAAUAUUGAUAUCAAUGAGUGCGCAUUAUCACCAUGCAUCAAUGGUUCAUGCAUUGACGGCAUCAAUCGCUUCAACUGUAUAUGUGACGAAGGAUUUACUGGUGACACGUGUAGUAUUGAUAUCAAUCAGUGUGCAUCAUCACCGUGUCUGAACGACGGCACAUGCUUUGACAUGCUUGACGGCUGGACAUGCUAUUGCAUUGCCGGAACAACAGGAGAGACAUGCGAAACAAAUGUAGAUGAAUGCGAGACAAACGGCUGCCAUUCGGUCGGUACACUUGAAUGUGUGGACGAACUCGAUGCAUACAGAUGCGUUUGUUAUCCGGGUUAUACGGGGACUCACUGCCACACAGACGUACUCGAGUGUGCAUCACGUCCAUGCUUGAACGGUGGGCAUUGCAUCGAUGACGUCAAUCAAUAUAAAUGCGCAUGCGCACGCGGAUAUACGGGAAUUCAUUGUGAGAUGGAUAUCAACGAGUGUCUGUCUAAUCCUUGUCCUGUUGAUGCUACGUGCUUCAACGGACCAUCGGUUGAUAUGUACAGCUGCUAUUGCCCGGAUAAUCUCACAGGCCAGCACUGCAAUCAAUCGGCCGACAAAAGCAGAAAGUGCAUUGAUAUCAAUCCGUGUGGAAAUGGGUCAAUGUGUGUGGCUCACAAUGACACCAUUACGUGUCUAUGCCCGGACGGUGUGGCUAGAGCUCGUUGUGACAUCACCACAGGUUGUGCGUCCAAUCCGUGCAGCAGCAAUGCCACUUGUCAUCAGAGAUUUGAUCAGAUUUAUUGCGCAUGCGCAAACGGAUAUACUGGUGUUUACUGUGAGUCGUACGUUGACUACUGCGGGUCUGUGAUUUGCACCAAUGGAGGCACCUGCGUUGGACACGCCCCCGCAUUUGAAUGCAUCUGUAGAGUUGGAUACACUGGACGUCUGUGUGAGACAGCAGUAGACGAUGUGUGUGCGUCUAGUCCGUGUGUGUUGAAUGCCACGUGUUAUGCACAUGCACACAAUGGGACGUACACUUGCAUGUGUCUGGCAGGUUUUGGUGGGAUUGAUUGUGACGUACGUGUGAGUGUCAGUGAGGCGUGUGGUGGUGAUCAUUUGUGUUCGAACGAUUCGGAGUGUGUCGUGCGGGAAGGAGGUUACGUCUGUGUGUGUUCGGAGUGUCUGACUGGGAAGUACUGUAAUGUGACUGAUGAGGGUUGCGUCAAUGGGACUUUGUCAGUUGGACCAGUGACUGAAGUCCACCCAACCAUAUCAGAACGCAACGAAACCAUCUCUGAGGGUUUAUCAUUGAGCAGUGAAGAAACAGCAGGAAUUGCUCUAGGUGCUCUAGGCGGUUUACUAUUGGUCACAGCAAUUGUCGCUGCAUUCAUCAGACAUCGACAGUCCAAGCGUAGAAUGAUGCGCAUUGAACCGGAACGACACUCAACAAGCACACCAGAGAUCGUCAAGACAGAAACUCAUCCCGUCAACGACGUGAACAGGAACGAAAAUGCCACUGCCAUCCUAACUAAUUAAAUGUAUUAAUUAUUUAUUUAUAAGUAUUUGGAAUGUAUGCAUUGUGAAGGAAAUUGCGGAUUUUGGGACUUUUUUUAAC